ACGACGUUGUCGACGACGACGAACGAGAAGCGCAAGAUGAAAAGCAAAAAAAGAUGGCCAGCGUAAGUGACGAGGACGUUGCCGUUCCGGAGGAAACAGGGCGUCGAUCGACGCGUUCCCGACGAGGUAAGACACCACAGCCGGCCGUGGUUGCCCCCACCCCGACCCGAUCGUCUCGGCGCACUAAGAAGACGGAGGUUUUACCGGAGGUGGAAGAACCGGUGCAGCAGCGAACGGUCGCUGAAGAGAUGGAUUCCGAUGAGCCGGACACUAAACAAGUUAUGGAACAGCUUCAAGGGUUGAUUGUUCCGGUACUGGAAGGCGAGCAACACAAACUGACCGAAGAGACUACUUCAACCAAUCUAUUCGAGCAAUUUCAAGACGCGGAUGCCACUGCCGUAAGAGAAGAACCAGAGGCAGCUGUUGUUGCGGAGGAAAACGUAUUCAUAGCCGAUUUAGCAGUCGAGGAAAACGCCAACAGUUUACCCGAGUCACAAAACGAGCCGGAAGCGAUAAAUGAACCGGCUGAAGUGGAAGCUGAAGUCGAACUGAAUGGAGACCGGACGGACGAUGUCACCGGUAGCAGUGAUCACGCUUUGGCGGAAAGCUUAGCAAACGGUUUCACCGAAGAGGAUUCCAAAAAUACUGAUCUAGACGCGGAGAUGGUGUCCGAAGAUGAAUUACCUCCACCGGCACAGACUCAGGUUCAAGACGCCGAGGAGGUAUCGGACGAUGAAUUGCCUGGACCUCGGCUUGCCGAGCUACCACCCGACGCGGAGGUAGUAUCGGAAGAUGAAUUACCACACUCAUCAGAGAAACUGGUUCCAGAGCUGCCCACGGACACAGACAACGUGUCCGAUGAGGAGUUGCCGGCGGCCAAAAAGGCAGAACUCCCAGCCGAUACUGACAACGUAUCCGACGAAGAAUUGCCGGAAGCCAAGAAGGCCGACCUGCCGGCUGACACGGACAAUGUGUCAGACGAAGAGUUGCCAGCUGCAAAGAAAGCUGAACUCCCGGCUGAUACCGAUAAUGUAUCGGAUGACGAGCUGCCCGCAGCGAAAAAAGCCGAACUCCCAGAAGACACCGAUAACGUUUCCGACGAAGAACUCCCAGAAGCGAAGAAGGUCGAUGCUGUCGCCGAUGACAAGCCUCCCAAGGCGAAAAAGAUAAGGCUUUCGAAGGAAGGACCCAAAGCAAGCACAGCUUCAGAACCAGCAAACAAACCGGCAACAGAUGCGGCUCCCGAAAGUGAACCCGCCCCGAAACCGAAAGAAAGUGACAAAGAGAAAAAAGAAUCAACAAAGCGAAAGUUAGAGAAAGAAGAAACUGCAGCGGAAAAAACAGUCGAAGCCCCAGAGAAGAAAACCAAAGUGGAAAUUCCUGCAGCAGAGCCGGAAAAGAAAAAACUGCCAGAUUUAGACAAGUACUGGAAGGCUGUCAAUGACGAUUCAUCCGAUUUCACCGCCUGGACAUAUUUGCUGCAAUAUGUAGACCAAGAGAACGACAUCGAGGCAGCCCGCGAGGCCUACGAUGCCUUCCUGGCGCACUAUCCGUAUUGCUACGGGUACUGGCGCAAGUACGCCGACUACGAGAAGCGCAAGGGCAGCAAGCGCAAAUGCGAGGAGGUAUUCGAGCGUGGCCUGAAGGCGAUCCCACUGUCCGUUGAUCUGUGGAUUCACUAUCUGACCCACGUGAAGACGAAUCAGGCGGAUGAUGAGGUAUUGAUUCGGUCGCAGUUCGAGCGGGCGCUAGUUGCUUGCGGCUUGGAGUUUCGCUCCGACAAACUGUGGGAAGCGUACAUCAAGUGGGAAGGCGAAGGCAAACGAACGGACAGGGUAGUGGCGCUUCACGAUCGGCUGUUGGCCACACCCACCCAAGGAUAUGCAAAUCAUUUCGAUCAUUUCAAAGAAGUGGUUAACACCCACCCGGUGCACACCCUGGUCAGCAAAGAGGAGUUCCUUGAGCUGCGCGCCUACGUUCGGGAAUCGGCCCGAAAGCGCAAGGAAGAGAAAGAAAAGAAACGGGCUGGAUCGCACGAUAAAGACAAGGAACGCAAAGCGGACAAGCACGACGAUCACAAGUCAUCGUCCAAAACGAAAGACAAAACGACAACGUCGUCGUCCGACAAACGAGACAAAAGUCAGGAACCGGAGCUGAAAGAGGAUCCGUCGUCGGAUGCGGCUGACGCUAAACCCAAGAGUGCCGAAGAGCCAACGAAGGAGGAUGAGAAAGAGAACAAAGAACCACCGGCGGAGGAAAAGACCGAGGAAAAAAUGGAAACCGAUCCGGAGGAGGAAAAGGAAGCGGACGAUCACGUCAACAGCCCGGAGGAAGCGGAAUCCAUUAAGGAUAAAAUUAUUUCCAGAAGGAAGAAGAUCCACAAGGCGACAGUCGCUGCCGUGACCGCCCGAUGGACCUAUGAAGAAGGUAUUAAAAGGCCAUAUUUCCACGUGAAACCACUCGAGCGGUGCCAGCUGAAGAACUGGAAAGAGUAUCUUGAUUUCGAAAUCGACCAGGGAGACGAGAAGCGGAUUCUAGUGCUGUUCGAGCGUUGCUUGAUUGCGUGCGCCUUGUACGAUGAUUUUUGGCUUAAGCUGAUUCGCUAUUUGGACAACCGUUCGGACGAAGCGGAGAUGGUUCCACGGAUUCGAGAUGCGUACGAACGCGCCUGCACCAUCCAUCAUCCGGACAAGCCGAGUUUGCACAUGAUGUGGUCCGCCUUCGAGGAGACGCAAGGUAAUCUGCACAAGGCUGCCGAAAUUCUGGCCAACCUGGAGAAGGUAUGCCCGAAUCUGAUGCAAGUCGGCUACCGGCGGAUUAAUCUGGAGCGUCGUCGAGGAGAUUACGAAAAAUGUGUUAAACUUUAUCAGGAUUAUCUCGCACAGGCGAAAAAUCGAACCAUCGCUGGCAAUGUGGUUAUCAAGUAUGCCCGGUUUCUUAACAAGAUCAGAAAAGACAUGAAUGGGGCUCAUGAGGCGCUGCGUGCUUAUCUGGAGAAGGAUUCCUCAAAUACGCGAGUUGCCCUGCAGCUGAUCGAUUUGUGUCUACAGCGGGAAAACGUCGACGAAAAGGAAGUGCUGGAAAUCAUGGAUCACUUUAUGUCACGCGACGGUAUCGAACCGGAUCAGAAGGUAUUGUUCGCGCAGCGAAAGGUCGAGUUCCUGGAAGAUUUCGGCAGCACCGCCAAGGGUCUACAGGAUGCACAGAAAUCGCUGCAGCUGAUCAUGGCCAAAGCAAAUGAGGCCAAGAAAAAGAGAGAGCAAUCGCCACCGAAGAAAACCUCUGCGAAGGAACCCGCCUCGACGACGGCAGUGGCCGGUACCAGCUCGACACCCAGCUAUGCAGCGGGAAGCUACAGCUACGCAAAUCCCUCCUACUACGGAACGACCGCCACACAGUCCAGUCAGUACCAGUACGGGGACAGUUCUUCGUACGGUUACAGCACCUGGAAUCAACAAUAUUCCCAAUCCGGCUACGGUGGGUACAGCCAAUGGAGUGGAUACGGAAGUUAUUACUAAACCCUACCCAGGUACCGUUAGUCGUACUUUUAGUCUCUUUUUUCCGCUGGCUACCGCUUCUGGGUUCUAUAGCACUUUAAUACACACAAACUAUAAUUUUGUUUUAUAGUAGGAUUAAAACCUUUAACUUUAUCUACUGGCUGGCUCCUUCUCGAAGAGAAGCCACAUUUGAUUGACUUAUCGUAAUAGUAGAAAGGGACUUAUAAUUCCGCCGCUCGCUUACACGCGGCAUCAUAUUCUGUUUUAAAUUCGGAGGUUAAUUUUAAAGCACACGGACACACAUGCAAAACUUGAAAAUAAAAAUUUAACAAAAAACACCGCAGCUUUCACACGGCUGACCAAGUAAUUUUGCUCAUGUUUUCAUUUGUUUUGUUUUUCGCCCUCGUCCUGCGGGUACGGAGAAGCCCAAAUACGUGUUGUAGCAACAUAACGCACGAUAAAUAUUUUUAGAAAGUGGGAACAUCUAAUAAAAGCUGAUAUUGUGUAUCGAUGAUAA